AUGAAUCCGUCUGGGCUUUUCGGCAGAACACAAGGCGGAGCGUUUCAGUCUCCGCGCGCCCCGACCUCGGGGCUCUUUUCCUUCGGCCAGCAGAACGCCCCUUUCGUGCAGCCGCCUGCCCUCGGCCAGGGCACCGGCCAGACCUCGCUCUUCAGUACAUCGUCUGCCUUCGGCCAGACCGGAUCCCUUUUCGGGCAGCCUGGCGGGACGGCGUCUGGACAGGCCCCGACCUUCGGCAUGCCCGGUUCUGGGAGUCAGACCCCGUCGUUUGUACAGAGCGACACCAGGUUCGGCCCGCCGCCCUCCUUCGGGCAGCCGGCCGGGGUCGGUCAGAGCUCUGUCUUUAACCAGAACUCGGCUUUUCCCCAGACCUCUGCCUUCGGACAGACCGGCGGAUUUGCUCAGCACACACCCGGCUUCGGCGGCUCUAACGCUAUCUCCGCCUCCUCUGUUCCCCCCUCCUCGGGGUCUAGUCAACCACUGAGAUUCGGACAGUUGUCCACAGGGUCUUCUUCGGUAUUCUCCCCUGGAAGCGUUCAGGGCCGCGGAUUUAGCACCUCAGAGUUCAGCUUCAAGCCGUCAGACGCAGCUGUGUUCAAACCUAUUUAUAGCGCCAGUCCUGAACCGGCUGUGUCCCAGGCUGUGUCCGAGUCUUUUGGUUCCAGCCCAUCCAGCACCACCGCUACCAGUAUGGACAGCAGUGGGCCUGCUCCUGCUGCCUCUGAGUUCCUUUCUGGAGCAUUAGGUUUUAGCUUCUCACAGCCCAUCGCAGUGUCCAGCAGCAUCCUCCCCACCAAAGAUGCACAUCCCAGCACCACCCAGGAGUUCAGCUUCUCGAAACCAGCAGCACCCUCCGUUGGUGCUGGCAGUGGCCUGGGUGGGGGGACCUCCCAGGCCGCCUCUGUCUCCAGGUACUCUGCCUCUAGCCUCCAUGAGCCCCGGCCACUGUUUGGUGCUGUC